AAUGGAAUCGCUGCCAACGAUUCAAACCCACGAACAACGUUCGUGGGUUUGAAUGCGCGGCCGCGUCAGGCUGAGGGAACGCGAAGUGACGGCGAGAGGGUUUAUCCUUUCCCGCCCUUUUAUUGUUCGUCACAAUUCAUAUUAAUUAUUCGAGGUUGUAUUCUGUCGAACUUAUUUUGGCAUCGUACGUCGCCGGCCGUGCUAAUCGGGUGUGCGGGUAAAGUUUCAACGCCUGCGUGCGGAGUGUGUGCGCGCGCGUGCGAGGUGUGACGGGCGAUGUCUCAGAAACGGAAGACGAGCAGCGACCGUCGAGAUGCGGCCAGAAAGGUCCGCCGUGUGCUGGAGGAAGACGAAGAAGACGACGAAGAGCGGGUGGUCAGCCACGGAAAGUCAGCCGAGCCACGUGGACCCUCCCACAAUGAGACGCAGGUGAAGCCAGACUGCGGUGUCAUUGAAGCAUUAACGCUUAAGAACUUCAUGUGCCAUUCAUUGCUUGGUCCAUUCAAAUUUGGACCCAAUUUAAAUUUUGUCACCGGUAAUAAUGGCAGUGGUAAGAGUGCUGUACUCACAGCACUUAUCGUGGGGCUGGGAGGCAAAGCGCUCCUCACAAGCAGAGGUUCCUCCGUUAAAACCUUCAUAAAGCACGGACAGAGUUCUGCAGACAUCUCCAUAACACUGCGGAAUGUUGGGGACGACCCGUAUAAGCAUGACCAGUAUGGAGACUCCAUCAUCAUUGACAAUCACAUAAGUUGUGACGGACAGCGGUACAAACUGAAGAGCAAAUCUGGAAGAAUUGUGAGCACAAAAAAAGAAGAACUUACCACUAUUUUGGAUCAUUUCAAUAUUCAGGUGGAUAAUCCUGUUUCCAUACUCAACCAAGAAAUGAGCAAGCAAUUUCUUCAUUCAAAGGAUGAACAUGAUAAGUACAAGUUUUUUAUGAAGGCCACUCAUUUGGAGCAGAUGCAAAAUGACUAUCAGCAGAUCAUGGAAACGAAGAAAAUCACCGAAGAAAAACUGUGUCGGCAGGAAGGCAGCUUACGUGACCUAUCAAAGGUGGUCAGGGAGAAGCAGAAGAAAUUUCAGAGAAUUGCCAACAUGCAGGAUCUCGAGCGUUACAUCAUGGAACUACAGAAUCAACUUGCCUGGGCUGAGGUUCGGGACAAAGAGGUUACCCUGAAGACUCUGCAGGAUCAGCUGAGGAUGGAGGAGAAUCGAACCGUAAAAUUUGACCAGAAUGUGGAAGAACACCAGAAAAAGCUUCAAGCAGCCGAGUUGAAGUACAAAAGCUUUGAAGAUCAGCUAAAUCAGCUGAAAAACGAUCUUGAACUGUUCAUGGAGCAGAAUGUGGAAGGCAAACGCAACCUGGAUGCAAAGAAGAGCGCUGUGAAAACACAGAAGGCAUUGGUGGACUCUUUACAGAACCAGCUAAGGGUUAUUGAAAAGGAUUGUGACAAACUGGCCAAGCACAUCGAUGAGCUCAAAAACAGUACGGAGCAGCAGUUGACGGAAGCGGAGCGAGCGGAAAGGGCCCGGAGAGUGCUAUCACUCAAGGAGGAGCUGACAGACUUAAAGGCCCAGGAUGACACGCUGAUCCAGCAAAUCGAGCACUUUAAGCAGGCCAUCAACAAGCAGAAGGAGGACUCCUACAAGCUCCGACGAGAGUACCAGGACCAAAAGCGUAGCGUUGACGCUGCAGAAAAGCGGCUGCAGCAGCUGGCCGCCAGUCGCACAGAGAACCUCAGUCGCUUCAACACGAAGUUCCCAGAGUUGCUACAAAAGAUCGAGAAUGCAUAUCAGGCUGGGAAGUUCCAUCAAAAACCCAUUGGCCCCAUCGGUGCGUUUAUUAAGGCUCGAGACCCGGAGCUGGCACUGGCCUUGGAGAGCUGCCUCAAGGGGUUACUGUUGGCCUUCUGCUGCGGUCACUCAUCUGACGUGGUCAUUUUGGAGAAGCUCAUGCAAGGCCUCUUCCAGGGUUGGCGACCACAAAUCAUCUGCGUGAAAUUCCAAAACCAGCUACAUGACACCAGAGCCAGGGCUGUGAGGCAUCCCAUAUACUCUUCUGUGUUGGAGAGCCUGGAAAUAGAGAAACCAUUCGUGGCAAACAUCUUGAUAGACCAUCGUGGAAUCGAGUCCAUUCUACUCAUAAAGGAAAACGCCACCGCCCGCCAAGUGAUGCAAAGUGAUGUGCCACCCAAGAAUUGCAGGGAAGCCUUCACCAAGAACGGUGACCAGGUGUUCGCCGACCGAUACUACUCGUGUGCUUUUUUUAAUCCAAAAUACCUCCACGAAGACAUUGAAAAGGAGGUCAGGCAGCUUCAGACUGAGAAAGCGAACAGACAAGUGCAGCUCCAAAAAGCAUCAGAGAGUAUAAAGUUCAACCAGGAAGAGAACUGCAAAAAUGAGACGCAGCUGACCAAUAAAGUUCAACAACAAAUGAUAAUUCAGGGAAAUAUAAAUAAACUCAGUGUGCAGAUCGUGCAAAUAGAAAACAUGGAAGAGCCUCCUCCCUUGGAUAUCAGUGUCUUGGAGGAGGAGAUGCGGGAGUAUUCUGAGCGCAAGGAGAGCGUGGACGCAUCGCUGAAAGAGGCUUUGGUUCGGAACCAGGAGGCCACCUCCGAGCUGCAGGUCGCGAACAGUGCCUACAAAGACAUCAGAGACAAAAUGGAUGCAAUGAGGGAAAAGGCUGGACCCAUAAAGCAUAAUUUGACUCCAGCCAGCAAUGACGUUGAAGAACACAGUCACAACCUAAGUCACUAUGAGGCCAAACGCAGGGAGCACCUGAGGAAGAUUGCAGAAAAGAAGACAGAGCUGGACAAAGUUGAGCAUACCAUCACUGAGGCCGUGGAGAUGGCACAGAGGAUUUGCCCGCAACGUGUGGAAGUGACGAAAACCACAAAAGCCAUCAUCCUGGAGUUGAAGACCAAGCAGGACAGGGUUAAUCAGGAGCUGGAUGUGAUUGAAGACACUGAGGCCGUCACUCGAGAGUACCACGAUGCUGUUAAAAAAUAUGAAAAUUCCAAAAAGCAGUUAAAGACAAUUAGGUAUUUUGUUAAUGUCUUAGAUAAAAUUAUGGAUGAGAGACAACAUAACUACAGUCAGUUCAUGAGAUAUAUUUCGUGCCGGUGUAAGUACAACUUUGACAUGAUGCUCGCCAAGUUGAUGUACCAGGGGAAGAUAACGUUCGACCAUGGGAAAAAGACGUUGCAAAUCGCGGUGCAAACGUCGCGAGGCGACGGAGACAAAGCUACAGGCGACGUGCGCUUGCUGUCCGGCGGAGAGAGGUCCUUCUCUACCGUGUGCUUCCUCCUCUCGCUCUGGAAUGCCAUGGAGUCACCCUUUCGCUGCCUCGACGAGUUCGACGUGUUUAUGGACAUGGUGAACAGGCGCGUAUCCAUGGACAUGAUGCUGAAACUCGCCAAAACCCAGCAGUACCGCCAGUUCAUCUUCCUCACCCCGCAGAACAUGAACAGCCUACCAGUGAACCGGCUGGUAAAGAUCCUCAAGCUGGACGACCCCAUGCGGGGCCAGACAACCCUGCCAUUCAGAGCUGUGCAUCAGGCGAGUGACGAAGAGAGCACAGAUGACGAGAGCUGAAUGUAGCACGUGCCAGCGUCACACACUGGGCUGCCUGGUGACGGUGACUAAAGUGAUGAUGCUCAUGCAUAGCCAUCGCCAGCAGAAAAUCCACAUCAAAAUGUGUUGUGCACACAACUGACUGUAUGGGACAUCCGUGUGCAAGACUUCCUUAAGCCACUUGUCAUUUUGGAGCUUGUGUUACUUUUCUAUAACUUUGCGAUCCUGUGCAAAAUAGAUUUAAGAUAAUCAGACUUCACUUUGUGCUAUUGUUUUUGUGUAGAAGACCCUGCACUAGGCCAUUUCAUUGCCUCUUAUUUUUCCAGUUUAAGAAUGUUCUCUUUCUUGCCAGGAAAGUGUUACCACGGCAAAGCAAUUUUUUUUAUGAAAAUGGCAAAAAAGAUGUACCACGUGUUUGCCACUUUAGUGGUGACGAUGCAUAGUUACCUGGAGCUUCAAAUGGUUGUAAAGUGCAUCUCAGGUGGCGACUGGCCACAAAUGUUAAUCAAUUAAAAUUGCAGUCCCUGGAUUAAACGCAUUUAGCAAACUGAGAUGGUAGGCGCAGUAAAGUUGUGAGUGUACAGACACGUGUAAUGGACAGGCUUGACAGGCCCUUGGGAAUGUAUGUCUCGGCAAAAAGUAUGUAUGAAACAAAAAAAUACUUUUGAUUGACAUUUUUUUCGAUAUUUUCAGUGCUUUCUGAAAGCAGAAUUAUUAAAUGUAUAUAUGUGCUAAAGAAGGACUAGCUUAAACAUUUUUAAAUACGAAUUGGUUUGUAAACUAUUUUUAUAAUAAGAAAUGUAUAUCUAACCGCUUUGCUACAUUUUUACUCCAUUUUUUAUUUGCACAAUGUACAAAGCAAAAUAUUUCCUGGUGGUAGCGAUGUCACCCUCGUGUCGGUGUUUAGCCGGGUUCAUUUGUGCUUGUGAGGUCACACCCCCCCACCCACCCUUCACCUCUACAGCAAUGGUUAUACAUUACUAAAUCCUAAAAAUGUCAAUUGUAAAAAUAACAAAAAUUCUAAUCCAUUCAGCAGGUUUAUUACCUGCGAUUAUGUUAUGGUCCACCGGAGUUUUCUGCCAGCUAUGAUCCAGCAUUUCCCCCAUUUGACGGACUUGAUUGGAGGGACAUAAAAAUACCAAAUUGCACUCAAAGCUUGCAACUUAGUUUGCAAAGCAAUGCAGAUUAAUUAAGCACACCACAUUGUCUGCACCUAUAAACAAAGUCCCAUUAGCCUGUUGGCUUUCCAGACCAAUAUCCAAAACAGUACUGUAUUGCUAUGUUAUUUGCGCACAAUCGUCUGCUUGUUUUUGUGUUUACCCACAAUUCUGCACAACGCACGAGUUUGCCGUGUCCUGCUUUUAUUGUACUGUAUGGCAACUACAGUUCGUGCAUCCACAAUCGGCUUGUGUUGUGGUCUUUAUCUUCCUUUUUAAUGAUUAAACUUGUUUACACUAAAUAACAUUGCAAGCUGUAAAGAGAGAUAAUUUGGUUUGCACGAUUAGCAUAGUUAAUAUACUGGGGCAGCCCACCCUUUAGUUGCCUCGGUAUGAACACUACCCUGUAUAAUGCAAUUCAGAAGUUUAAAAACGAAACUGCCUGUGUGAACUCUGAUGUUUUCCACUCAAGUAUUGUUUGUUCUCCAAUCAACUCGGUCUGAUAGUUUAUUUCGAGCCGAUCAAAAAACGUUUAUUAAAUGUGUAAGUGUAUUUCACACUGACCGACGAUGCAAAAUACAAGCAUUCCUGAAACUGUAAA